AUGCCUCCUGAUAAUCAUGGUAAACGUCAAAUGAUCGAAAAGUGUCACGAGUAUUAUCGCGGCAACAGAAAAGAAGUCCAAUCCAUUCAGGAAUUCGUUGAUACUUAUCAACGAACCCAUGCUAUUCGAUGGUACACUCGACAAUCGUUCAUUUAUAAACUCAUCAAUAAAGCUCUGCGCACAGAAGAUAUCGAACAACUGCACAUAUUUCGCUUCUUUAUCGCCGAUCUCUGCUCAAGUCUUGCAAACGAAUACGAGAAGAUGAAACAACGGGAGAAGGGUGUGCUGCGCGUCUAUCGAGGUGUGAAGAUAACAAGUGAAGAAGCUGGAAAGUUGAAAAAAAAUGAAGGUAAACUGAUUUCGACAAAUGGCUUCCUGUCAACAAGUCGUUUGCUCUCAGUGGCUGAGGAUUUUGCCUGUAAACCAACGAAGCGUCAAGACACCCUUGUCGUUUUGUUUGAGAUCGAGUGUGAUUUCAGCGAGUUGAACGAUGCUGUUGUGUGUGCCGACAUCGCAGAAUUUAGCGAUUAUCCAGAAGAGCAGGAGGUUCUCUUUGAUCUGGGUGCAACUUUUAAAAUUCUAUCAGUUGACCGCAUAAAAUCGACUCUGUGCCGCGUGCACCUGAAAGCAACAUGUGAAGGGGUAGAUAUUGCACGACCAUAUAUCGAGCUGAAUAAAAAAGAGCUAGAAGAAACAAGCGCCGCCGUGAUGUUCGGCUCCCUCUUAUAUGACAUGGGUCAGUAUGAGAAAUCACAAACGUAUUUUCAACAUCUUUUGCAAAAUCCAGAAACUGAGGAUAUCCCCCACAUACACUAUAACCUUGGUGUUGCUUAUCACAACCGAGGUGAAUACGAUAAUGCGCUGAAACAGUAUGAGCAUAGCCAUGCAAUCAUGAUCAGUAAACGACUGCCAGAGAAACACUCAGCCAGAGUGUUGAAUAAUAUCGGCGCUGUUCAUCACAGCAAAGGCGAAUAUGAUCGUGCCCUGGAAUAUUAUGCGCGAUCUAUCAUUAUGAAAGAAAACUGCUUGUCACACGACCAUCCGGAGAUUGCCACAAGUCUGGGGAGUAUUGGCGCCGUUUAUGCGACAAAAGGCGAAUAUGAUCGUGCUUUGGAGUAUUACGCUAGAUCUCUCGCUAUAACUGAGAAAUGUUUGCCAUCUGACCAUCCUGAUAUUGCCACAAGUCUAGGGAGCAUCGGCGUGGUUUACAGCAGGAAAGGCGAGUAUGACCGUGCCUUGGAAUAUUAUGAGAGGUCUCUCGCUAUAACUGAGAAAUGUUUGCCUUCUGACCAUCCUGAUAUUGCCACAAGUCUCGGGAAUAUAGGCGCCGUUUAUAGCAGAAAAGGCGAAUAUGAUCGAGCAUUGGAAUAUUAUGCGAAAUCCCUCAACAUCAGAGAGAAAUGUUUAUCAUUUGACCAUCCGGAUAUUGCCACAAGUCUGAAUAAUAUUGGCCUUGUUUACGACAGCAAAGGUGAGUAUGAUCGUGCUUUAGAAUAUUAUACCAGAUCUCUUACCAUACGAGAGAAAUAUUUGCCAUCUGACCAUCCCGAUAUUGCUACAAGCUUGGGCAGCAUUGGCGCCGUUUAUGACAGCAAAGGCGAGUAUGACCGUGCUUUGGAAUAUUAUGCUAGAUCACUCACAAUAACAGAAAAAUGUCUGCCAGCUGACCAUCCCGACAUCGCCACAAGUCUCGGGAGCAUUGGCGCCGUUUAUGAUCGCAAAGGCGAGUAUGAUCGUGCUUUGGAAUACUACCAGAAAUCACUCACUAUGAAAGAAAAAUGCUUACCAUCUGACCAUCCGGAUAUUGCCACAAGUUUAGGCAGUAUUGGUGAUGUUUAUGCAAGGAAGGGCGAGUACGAUCGUGCUUUAGAAUAUUAUACUCGAGCUCUCACCACAAGAGAGAAAUGUUUGCCAGCUGACCAUCCGUAUAUCGGCACAAGUCUGAACAAUAUUGGCCUGCUCUAUGACAGAAAAGGGGAGUAUGAUCACGCUUUGGAAUAUUAUGACAGAUCUCUCACUAUUAGCGAGAAAUGUUUGCCACCUGAUCAUCCGUAUAUUGCUACUAGUCUCAAUAAUAUUGGAGCAGCUUAUAACAGCAAAGGUGACUAUGAUCGUGCUUUGGAAUAUUACGCCAGAUCUCUCACCAUAAGAGAGAAAUGUUUGCCACCUAAUCAUCCGCAUAUUGCCACAAGUUUGAAUAAUAUCGGUGUUGUUUACAGCAGGAAGGCCGAAUAUGAUCGUGCUUUGGAAUAUUACGCGAGAUCUCUUACUAUAAGUGAGAAAUGUUUGCCUUCUGAGCAUCCGGAUAUUGCUAACAUUCUGUUUAGUAUUGGCGCGGUGUAUCACAGCAAAGGCGACAACGAUCGUGCCUUCGAGUAUUCCUCGAGAUCUCUCAGCAUACGACAGAAAUGCUUGCCACCUGAUCAUCCGGAUAUUGCCACAAGUCUUAGUAAUAUUGCCCUUCUUUAUGACAGGAAAGGCCAGUGUGAUAGUGCGCUGCAGUACUAUGUAAAAUCUCUCAACAUUAGAGAAAAAUGUUUGCAAAGAGACCAUCCAGAUAUUGCUGCAAGUCUCAGCAAUAUCGGCACUAUUUACGAUAGGAAAGGAGAGUAUGAUCGCGCUUUGCAGUAUCACGAGAGAGCCCUUACUUUAAGAGAAAACCAUUUUCCACCGGACUAUGCAGAAAUUGCCACAAGCCUGAAUAAUGUUGGGUUUGUUAAUGAUAGGAAAGGCGAGUAUGACCGUGCGUUGGAGUAUUAUGUGAGAUCUCUCAACAUAAUGGAGAAAUGUUUUCCUUAUGACCAUCCGGACAUUGCCAUAAGUCUAGGGACUAUUGGCGCUGUUUGUGCGAAGAAAGCCGAGUAUGAUCGUGCUUUGGAAUAUUAUGCCAGAUGCCUCACUAAAACCGAGAAAUGUUUCCAAGCUGACCAUCCGUAUAUUGCAACAACGCUGAAUAAUAUUGCCCUUGUUUAUGACUGGAAAGGCGAGUAUCAUCAUGCUUUGGAAUAUUAUGCAAGAUCUCUCAACUUACUAGAGAAAUAUUUCUCAUCUGACAAACCGAAUGUCGCCAAAAGUCUGCGGAGUAUUGGGUCUGUUUAUUACCGGACGGGCGAUUAUGACCGUGCUCUAGAAUAUUAUGCGAGAUCUCUUACUAUAGAAGAAAAAGCUUUGCCGUAUGACCAUCAGGAAUUGGGCACAAGCAUCGGGAGUAUUGCAGCAGUUUAUGAUAGGAUAGGUGAGCAUGAUCGUGCAUUGGAAUAUUUUGAAAGAUCUCUCAAUAUAAUGGAGAAAUGUUUGCCCAUUGAUCAUCCGGAUAUUGCCAUAAGUCUAACUAAUAUUGGCGUUAUUUACGCGAGGAAAGGCGAAUAUGACCGCGCUCUGGAAUAUCAUGCGAGAUGUCUCGCCAUUAGAGAGAAAUAUUUGCCAUUUGAUCAUCUGGAUAUUGCCACAACUCUAAAUAAUAUUGGCCUCGUUAAUGACGGGAAAGGCGAAUAUGAUCGUGCUUUUGAAUAUUAUAUCAAAUCUCUCAACCUAAUGGAGAAAUGCUUGCCAUAUGAUCAUCCCGAUAUUGCCACAAGUCUGGCAAGGAUUGCUUCUCUUUAUGCAAAGAAAGGCGAGUACGAUAAGGCUUUGGAACAUUAUGAUAAAUCUCUCGCUAUAACUGAGAAAUGUUUCGAAUCGGACCAUCCGAAUACAGCAACAACUCUGAAUGAUAUUGGCCUAGUUUAUGACAGGAAAGACGACUAUGAUCGUACUUUGCAAUAUUAUAUAAGAUCUAUCAACAUACGGGAGAAAUGUUUACCUUCUGAUGAUCCGGAUAUCGCCAUAACUCUAACUAAUAUUGGCAUGGUUUAUGGUAGAAAAGGCGAAUAUGAUCGUGCUUUGGAAUAUCACUCCAGAUCUCUCAGCAUAAGAGAGAAAUAUUUUCCGUCUCACCAUCAGGAUAUUGCCAUAACUCUGAAUAAUAUGGGCCUUCUUAAUGACCGGAAAGGCGACUAUGACCGCGCGCUGGAAUGUUAUAUAAAAUCUCUCAACAUAAUUGAGAAAUGUUUCCCAUAUGACGAUGCAAAUAUUCCCAUAAAUCUGGGGAGGAUUGGCGCUCUUUUUGCAAAGAAAGGGGAGUAUGAUCGUGCUUUAGAAUAUUAUACAAGAUCUCUUGCUAUAACGGAGAAAUGUUUUCCGUCCGACCAUCCGAAUGUUGCAGCAACUCUGAAUGAUAUUGGCCUCGUGUAUGACUGCAAAGAGGAGUAUGAUAAUGCUUUGCCAUAUUAUAUAAGAUCUCUCAAUAUAAGAGAGAAAUAUUUGCCCACUGAGCAUCCCGAUGUUGUCGUAAGUCUACGCAAUAUUGGCCUGAUUGCUGACAGGAAAGGCGACUAUGAUCGCGCUUUGGAAUACUAUGGAAUAUCUGGUAGUAUAGCAGCAACAUGUGUACCAUAUUACGGUGUGGAUGUAGCCACAAGUCUGGUGAGUAUUGCAGUUAUUUAUGAUAGGAAAGGGGUUCACGAUCGUGCUUUGGAAUAUUAUAUCAGAGCUCUCAAGGUAAUGGAAAAGUUUCUGCCAUAUGACCAUGCGGAUAUUGUUAUAUGUCUGGGUAAUAUUGGCGCUGUUUAUUUCAGCAAAGGGGAAUAUGAUCUUGCUUUGGAAUAUUAUGCGAGAUGUGUUGCUAUAACUGAGAAAUGUUUGCGAUGUGACGAUGCGGAUGUUGCAACGACCGUGAAUAAUAUUGGCCUUAUUUAUGAGAGGAAAGAGGAGUAUGAUCAUGCUCUGAAAUAUUAUGCGAGAUCACUCACAAUCAGAGAGAAAUGUUUGGCAUUCGAUCAUCCGGAUAUUGCAAUAAGUCUCCGGUGUAUUGCUGGCGCCUAUGCAACUAAAGGCGAGUAUGAUUGUGCUCUGGAAUAUUACUCGAGAUCUCUCACGGUAGCAGAAAAAUGUUUGCCAUCUGACCAUCGGGAUAUUGCCAUAAUUCUGAAUAAUAUUGGCGCUGUCUAUAGCCGGAAAGGCGAGUACAAUCACGCUUUGGAGUAUUAUGCUAGAGCGCUAAGUAUAGUUAGAAAAUGUGUGCCGUCUGACCAUCUAGAUAUUGGCACAAGUCUGAAUAAUAUUGGUGCGGUCUACAGCAGGAAAGGCGAAUAUCAUAGUGCCUUGGAACAUUUUGGGCAGUCGCUUAGUGUAAGGCAGAAGUGUUUGCCACCUGAGCAUCCAGAAAUCGCCACAAGUUUGGGCAGUAUUGGCGCUGUUUAUGCAAGGAAAGGCGAGUAUGAUCGGGCUUUGGAAUUUUAUGCGCGAUCUCUUACUAUAAGAGAGAAAUGUUUGCCACCUAACCAUCCAGAUAUUGCCAUUAGUCACGGGAGUAUUGGGGCCGUUUAUGCAAGGAAAGGCGAGUAUGAUCGUGCUCUGGAAUAUUAUGCAAGAUCUCUCACUAUACGGGAGAAAUGUUUUCCGCCUGUCCAUCCAGAUAUUGCCUCCAGUCAUGGCAGUAUUGGUGCUGUUUAUGCAAGGCAAGGCGAGUAUGAUCGUGCUCUAGAAUAUUAUUCGAGAUCUCUCAGCAUAAGUGAUAGAUGCUUGCCAUGGGAGCAUCCAGACAUUGCGAGUGUUCUGGCGAGUAUUGGCUCUGUUUAUGACAGCAAAGGCGAGUAUCAUCAAGCUAUGGAAUAUUAUGCACGUUCUCUCGCCAUGAGGGAGAAAUGUUUCGCAUCUGACCAUCCGGAUAUUGCCAGUAGUCUGGGAAGUAUUGGCGCUGUUUAUGCAAGGAAAGGCGAGUAUGAUCUUGCGUUGGAAUAUUGCACAAGAGCCCUCACCAUAAGAGAGAAGUGUUUGCCACCUGACCAUCCGGAGAUUGCUGCAAAUCUGGGGAGUAUUGGCGCUGUUUAUAGUAGGAAGGGCGAAAAAGGUCGUCCAAGUGAAAGAUAUAUGAUUGAUCCAUUGCAAGAGGCCUGGAAGACUUAUCAUCUGGAAUGCUUCUGUUUAUUCUAUACAUCUGUAGAACGUAUGUUAAGUUUUAGCGGCAGGGUUUGGUUGCCUGCCUGA